CGGAAGUACUCGGGGAGGGCCGCGCAGUCGGACCGGCUGCUGAGACGAACGCUUUAUUGGGGCGGUCUCCGCAUAUCAUGGGGAGAUAGACGCUGCUGCCUUUGAUUGGCCUUGGUCCUCACAACUCCAAAAAGAAGCAAGAUCUUGAUAAGCUCUAUGAGCUGAAGUCCAAAGCUCAACAGAUUAUGAACCAGUUUGGCCCCUCAGCCCUCAUCAACCUCUCCAAUUUCUCAUCCAUAAAACCGGAACCCGCCAGCACCCCUCCACAAGGCUCCAUGGCCAAUAGCACUGCAGUAGUAAAGAUCCCAGGAACUCCUGGCACAGGAGGGCGACUCAGCCCUGAAAACAACCAGGUAUUGACAAAGAAGAAAUUGCAAGACUUAGUAAGAGAAGUGGAUCCUAAUGAGCAGUUGGAUGAAGAUGUGGAAGAGAUGCUGCUGCAGAUUGCUGACGAUUUUAUCGAGAGUGUGGUGACAGCAGCCUGCCAGCUUGCCAGGCAUCGCAAGUCCAGCACCCUGGAGGUGAAAGAUGUCCAGCUGCAUCUAGAGCGCCAGUGGAACAUGUGGAUCCCAGGGUUUGGCUCUGAAGAAAUCCGACCUUACAAAAAAGCUUGCACCACAGAAGCUCACAAACAGAGAAUGGCAUUGAUUCGGAAAACAACCAAGAAAUAACACACGGAAAGGUCAGGGAAUGGACAUCAAUGCAUUUGGAGAUAUUUGAGCUGAGGCCUCAGCCAUCUCAUCCAUGGCAUUUUUUUUGAAUGCUUUACAGAGAAGCAUAUAUUUUUUAAUAACAGUGCAGCAAUAUCUAUAAUGACUGAGAGGAUCUGCCAAAAGAAUAAAACCUCCUACCCCGACACCCAGUCCCUCUUCCCUGCCGUCUCAAAGAAGAGCCGUGUAUCUUCCAGAGAAGAUUUUAUUUGUGGUUUAUUAUAUAAGUGAUUGAAUAUGGGACAAAACAUUAUGGUCUUGUUUGGUGAAACAGUAUUAGCAAGACAUGUAGAGGUUUUUGUUUCCUUCUCCCCUCGCCUUUCCCUGUACUUUGUAACAUCAGUGUUUAUAUGAAUAUGACUUUCAUUUGCUUUUACAGAAUAAAGAAGUUAUUGAUCGAAAAA